AUGCCCAUGGGCCGUAGCUUUCUCAGUAGGCUGGGCGAGUUCAGUCCCGGCAAUUUUCUCCGGCGGGAUCGCUCUAAUCGCCACCCAGACAAGGCCCAAGCAUCGCCGCAAAUACAUCCGCCGUCCCCGAAACGGAGACGGACAGAUGACGACGAUGGCCACGAUGACGAUGAUGCCUCGCCACCGAAACGCAGCGCCAUUCGUACGCAGAACAACCAGACCGUCCUCGACAAACAGCGACUGCGUAACUCGACGACCCGCGGUCACCAGCAGCGCUUGCGCACCCAGCCAUCCGAGACGAGCCUCGACAUUCUGAUCCAAUCCUCGCCAGACCGCAGUCUGUAUCAGCGCUCCGACAGCGUCCUGUCUAGCGGCCAGCCCGGUAGCCGGACCAGCAACCAGAUCAACCAAAACGAGCUGCGGCAGGUGGAACGCAAUACAAACGGCACCCCAAACCGGCGUCGUCGGCGCAGGCAACGGGGCGGCUUCGGUGGCGAGGGCGCAGCCGCCAUCGGGCGUCCCGUAAACCUCAGGAGCCCCAGCCCGGACACUGAAGCGCACACUGAAAAGCUGUUUUUGAUCGAGGACGAUCUGAGCCCUGCCAAACCAAACACCAACCUGUCCAUCGACCUCUCGGGCACAAAGGGACGUUUCCGAGACCGCAUGAGCAGCACACAAUCGUCCAUGGGCCCUCCGCGGCGACAGGACGCGACACCAUCCGUCUACAAUAGUACGAAGCACGACGCGGAGGUCGACGAGCUUUCACAGGAAUUCUUUCCCGAGCCGGCUGCCAAGAGGCAGCAACCGGCUAGGAAUCCAGUCAUCUACCUGGGUAGUCCUCCGGCUCGUGCUGCUGGAGCAGCUGCCGAGAGAAGGAGACAAGUUCAGUUGCAGCAACAGCGAGAGCGGGAAGCGCAAGACCAGCAGAAGCAGCGGAAUCAGGACAGGCAGCCGGCCAGGUUGCCUUCUGCCUUGCCCAUGGCAUCCAGGGCGCCUGGCCAGAGAUCAUCUACGGACGUGCCCCUGAUGGCCCAGCCCAUCAUAGAAUCGCCACUUCGUGUCAAGGUCGCAUUUCGGCAGCCGAACACGGCCUUUGUGGCUGACCCAGAUGCAGGCAUAGCUCUGUUCUCUCUGACCAUCAAGCCCCUGUCGCCCGACGUGCUCGUCGCUGUCGAUCCGGCUCGCGCGCGGUCCGAGAACCUCUUCUGGCUCAAGGUCGACUUGAUCCGGGCUCGCGAGGUCUCUUUUAACGUCGGCUCACCGAUUGUAUUCUUUACCUUUCCACAAGGCGAUGGCCUAGGUGCCUUGAUGGGCGUGCAGUUCAGUACUGUCGAAGAGGUGCGGCGGUUGUCUGCGUGGAUCGCAAACUCGUCGUUGUCACAGAGUAUCAAACUGGACCAGAAGGCAUCGCAGGAACAGCUGAAACGCAAAUUCGAAAAGUGCCUAGCCGAGGUGCUGGGACACAAAGAAGCGAAAGAACAAAAAGAGUCGACGCCGGCCAAGGCCACGGCCCCGACUCGGUCUUCGCCAGUUGUGAGCAACACCAACAGCAACGGUAGCGGUAGCACCGAAUACAUGACUUUCCGUCGGACCCGAAGUAGCCGCAACCUCCAGGAGGCCACGGAGACGAUCGAUCUCGACAAUGCAGACAACAAACGGACAGGUCUCCUUGGCAGCUCACCAGCAUCAUCCGACGUGGCCAGCGACCGGCUGGCACGGCUGCGGAACCGAAGCGCGCGACUGCCGCCCUCUCGGCCCCUCCUGCAGGACGUGGAGGCUGAGCGGUGGACAUUAAAGAACCCCGACUGGGCCCGUGAUUGGCGCAUCCCACUGACCUAUUCGCGCACCACGGUCGACAAGGACGACGUAGCUCGCCUUGAUGAGGGCGAGUUUCUCAACGACAACAUUAUCAACUUUUACAUGCAGUUCCUGCAGGACACCCUCAAAAAGAGCGAGUCGACCAUUGCAACGCGUGUCUACUUCCACAACACUUUCUUCUACGAAAAGCUGCGUCCCAGCAGGGGCCGCGAGAUUGCCUUUGAUGGCGUCAAACGCUGGACCGCAAAAACAGACCUCUUUUCCUACGACUACAUUGUCGUCCCUGUCAACGAGCACGCCCACUGGUGGCUCGCUAUCAUUUGCAACGUGCCCAAGAUUCUCGAAGCAGCCCUGCCCAAAACAGAUGAUUCGGAGGUUGUGAACGUGCCGGAGGUGACAGAAAAUGCAGAAGAGCCCACGGCAGCGCCUGUGUACAUGGAUGUUUCUGUGGACGUGGACGUGGGUGCGGGUCCGGGUGCGGGUGCGGGUGCGGACGCGGGUGCGGACGCGGACGCGGACGCGGACGCGGACGAUGUCAAGGAAACCGGCGAGCGUCGAUUUGUGCCAAUCGACGUCGACAAGCCCAAACCACAACCUCGGAGUGUUGUGAUCAACGACGAAGCUGGCGCUACCAACCUGCCCUCCGCAUCGCCAUCACGCCUCGACGGGCUAAGAAAAGACACCCCUAUCAAUUUGGACGGCACAGACAUCAAGCCAGACGAAUCCCGCACCGAGCCUAUUGUGCUCGAGUCGGCCGAAAACGACGAUGACGAAGCAAUAGUUCCGGCAUCAGCCAACAGCAGUCCCAGGGCCGCUAGCAAGGUUCACGAAAUCAAAGACGACGAACCCAAUGAAAGACAAACCCACGUUGCGGAUUCUGCCGACGACGACGAGGUCGAGGAGAUCAAGAGCGACCUUGUCCAGCCGACCACGCCGCAGCCAGCAUCUGCCAAAAAGCCAUUCCGAGGCGGCGGUGCCCUGAACAGCAAAAAGAUCUUUAUUCCGCCCGGCAAAAAAAAGGACCCCAAAGACCCGCGCAUCUUCACGCUCGACUCGCUGGGCAGCGUGCACUCGGCGUCGGUUGACCAUCUGAAGCAGUGGAUGAUGGCCGAGAUCGCUGAGCGCAAGGGCGUGAAGCCUGCAGAUCCGGGCCGCCUCGGCAUGACGGCCAAAGCCAUCCCACAGCAGGAGAACUUUUGCGACUGUGGCGUCUACCUGCUACUCUACCUCCAGGAAUUCAUCAAGGACCCCGACAGCUUUAUCGAAGACAUUGUCAUGCGCCAAAACCGCACCUGGGACACGUCCGCGCCUAAUAUGCGCAAACAGCUGCGUGACCUGAUCCUGCACAUGCAGAAGGAGUACCAAGCGGCGGAGGAGGCACACUGGAAGCCCAAGAGGAAGUUGGGAACGCCAGCUACGAAGCGGCUGGAUCCUGCGAGUCCGCCAGUCGUUGUACCGGCAGCGACGGGCGCCAGCAAAACUUCUGACGCACAAGCUACGCCUGUCCAAGAGCCGGGCUUGCCGUUGCUUCCGUUGCCAUCUCCACCUGCUCCAGCUUCUGCUAGUCGUCCGACGCCCAGGAGCGACGGCAUUUCCAAGGACGGGGCUGACUUGCCCAUCCCCAGCAGUGAGGUAGACCAGAAUGGCGACCACAAGGAAAACGAUAGCCACGGCGAUGACGAAGGCGACUCAGUCACUGCGUCCGCCGGUUCUGUUGAGGCCGGUUGCAGCUCUCCCUUCAAGCAAGGGUCCAAAUCGCCCAACAUGUUUGUGCAACACCCUUAG